CUCGCGAGCGGCCGCGGCGCGCCGGCGUGGAGCGAGUUUGAACCAUGGAGCUGAAGAAGGACAGCAACGCUGUGUCCAUCGACAUGCUGCUGAUCGUGCAGUCGGAGAAGCGGCGCGCUGCGCAGGGCACGCACUCCGACCGGCAGGCGGACCCGGGCGCGCCGCCGCAGCGCAGAGGAGGACUCCAAGGUGUCGAAAACGGAAUCCGGAAAUGGCAGAAAUUAGAAGGAAAUGACCUGUAUGGAAACCUGGCAGAGAAGCAGCACCCUCAACAGACCCAGGUCAUCACUUCCUACGACAACCAAGGGACACAGCUGACUGUGGAGGUCCACCCUCAAGAUGCCAUGCCCCAGCUGCUCAAGAAGUUCUCCCUGGCUAAACGUGAUAAAAAUGGAAACACAAGACCCCGACAGCCUGGAGGGAAAGAUGCCCACGCGUAUCCCUGGGAUCGGUCCAGCCUGAAAUCCAUGCCCCUGGACCUGCGGCAAUUUGAGAAACUGGAUGCCUAUGCCUCGCAGGUGACAGUCAAGAGUGGCCUGGACGAGCUGGUGAAUGACUUGCUCCAGGAGGCCCACAGUGACCUGGAGAGGGUCCGCGCAAUCUGGAUCUGGAUAUGCCACCACAUAGAGUACGACAUCGAGACUGCCCAGGAGAAGGACCGCCAGGCCUUCAAACUCACUGACAUCCUGAGGACCCAGAAGACAAACUGCGAUGGCUAUGCCGAGCUCUUUGAGAAAAUGUGCAGGAUCGCUGGCGUGCAGUGCAUGACCGUGCCUGGCUACUCCAAGGGGUUCGGCUACCAGACAGGGCAGAGCUUCUCCGGGGAGUUUGACCAUGCCUGGAACGCCGUGUACCUGGAGGGGAGAUGGCACCUGGUGGACAGCACCUGGGGCAGUGGCCUGGUAGACACCACCACCUCCAAAUUCACCUUCCUCUACAAUGAAUUCUACUUCCUCACCCAUCCUGCACUGUUCAUUGAGGACCAUUUCCCAGACAACAAGAACUGGCAACUGCUAAAACCUCCUCAAUCCCUGAGGCAGUUUGAGAACAACAUGUAUCACAAGAGUGAAUUCUACAACAAGGGGAUGCUGAGUGCCCACCCGGACUCUUCCGUGAUCAGAACAGUGAAUGGGAAGGCCACGAUCACCAUGGAGAGCUGCGCCCCAACGCUGUUUAUGUUUAUGCUCAAUGGCAAGCAGGAGCACGGGCUGCUGAGCCUCCGGAAGAAUGGGAUGAAGCUGGACAUCUACCCUCCAACCAUGGGCACCCACAAGCUGCAGAUCUUUGCCAAAGGCAACUCUGACAUCUACAGCUCCGUGCUGGAGUACACGCUCAAGUGUAACUACGUGGACAUGGGUGUCCGCCUGCCUGCUGAGCUGCACCAGCCCAUGGGCCCCAGCUGGUUCUCAGAGCAGAUGGGCAUCCUGAAGCCCUCCCACCCUGACCCCAUCAUCCACACGAGUGAUGGACGCUGCUCCAUCACCUUCGGCGUGGAGGAGGGCAUCAGUGUCCUGGCUUCCCUGCAUGGGGACGAUGGCCUCAUCACCGAGGAGACACAGCGGCGCUACAUCUUCCAGCUGCACCGGGAGAAGCGGACAGAGCUGAAAGUCCAGCUGCCCCGUGCCGGCAAGUUUGCCCUCAAAAUCUUUGUCAAGAAGAGGCAGGAACCGGGCAACUAUGUCUUUGUCUUCAAUUACCUCCUGUGCUGCAGCAACACCAAGGUGAACUGGCCCAUGUUCCCCGAGAGCUUUGGCAACUGGGGACCGGACAAUGAGCUGCUGGAGCCUCUGUCGGGCGUGCUUCCCGCUAACCGGAAUGUCCCAUUCAAAUUGAAGCUGUACGGUGUCGCCAAGGCCCUGGUGAAGGGGCAGGACACAUGGCCCCUGACACUGAACAGCGAGGGCUACUGGGAGGGCAGCUGCAGCACGGCCGGCUGCCAGGAAGUCUACGUCAUGGUGCUGGAGAACGCCAACCACAACUUCUACUCCUACAUCCUGAAAUAUAAAGUGAAUGACCAGUGAGGGCCAUUGCCCCAGCCACCCCUCCAGGGAGGGCCCAAGGGAAGUGCAGAGAGCCCUGGACACCACUGAGUCUGCAUGGAAUCACUUCUAGGCCUCUGCCUCAGUCUCCCUGCUCUGCCGCAGGAGCUGUGAUGAUUGUGGUCUGAUGGCUUCACCCAGUUGUGGCAAUGGCCAAGGGGAUAGAGGCAAAGGCCCUUUAGAAGAAAAAGGUGCUAUGUAAAUCCAAGGUAUUGUAAACUGUACACCACUGCCCAGAUGCCCCCUUCUCGUAUUAACGCUGUUGUUUUUGUUAUAGGGUUGAUGUGCGAAAGCAGGGCUACUGCCCAGGCUGGAAGCUUUUCUCAUGAUAGUGAGAAAACCCUCCCCCGGGUCCCAGAGGGACAAGAUUUGCAAGGCUGAGUCAUCUUGGAUCACAGAGCCCCUUUAAGUAGCGUCACAGUGUUUCUCGCCCACUCCGGGACCCCAGGGAAGGUUGGACUAUCAUAUUUCCAGACCUGACCAUCUUCCGCAUUCCUGCUGCCUCUUCAUUAGGUGCUCCUUGCUUUUCAAGAGCCCUGGGGAGAAGAAGGUGUGGGGAGGAAGCUGCGGCCCCCGACUGGCUGGAGGCUGGUGGCCUCCACAGUCCCUCUGUAUACUGGGAACGUGGCCACCGAAAAGUUAGGAGAAUUCAAAGCGGAGAGCGGCCAGCACCCACUCUUGGGUUUCCUGGGUAGGGGUACCACGGCAGUCCUGCAACCUGAGUCUGCCCUCAAAGGAGCCUGCAGGCCUGUUGGUUCAGUCUGAGGCCUGGCGGUGGCCUUCCAGGCCCUCUACGAGCCUGCACCCUUCCCAGGGAUCCUUGUCGAUAGCCCUAAAUACAGACCUGGGCAGGGAGGCCAGGUGAGAGAGCUGUGCAAACGCUGCAAUGCCACAAAGACUCCCACAAUAAUAGGACUCUGCCACUCACCAAGAUUCUCUGCCAGCAAAACCACAGCUGGAGGAACCUCGACCUGCCCUGGGAGCAGUUUCUGUGCUUAUCCCUAUCCAUCUCCCUGCCUCCCUUUCUCUGACGAGAGAGACCCCUGAGGUCCCACCUUCUGUGGGGACAGUUCAGAGCCCCUUGCUUGCUCAGGCCCAAGAAGCCUUGCCUGCCCAGCUGGCCCUCAGCAGCUCCUCUGGCAGGUAUCACCAUGGCAACAGCGGAAAGGCUUGCUCCAGUGAGGGCAGCAAAGAAGGAAGAAUGGAGAGGCCCUGUGUGGACGCUGCAACACCAUCCCGGCGCACGGAGACACCCGAAGUGGCCCCUGCUGACCUCCUGGCUUCUCCAGCUCUAUGAGCCCUGCCUGUCUCAGUGCUCCCACCCCCGAGAGCCAGCACUGCCAAGCACUCUCCCCCAGUUGCUGCUCCAAUUGCCCCCAGGCUCAGCUAUAGCCAGGGCCAGCCAGGGAUCCUCACAGCCUCCUCUAUCUUCAUUCUCACAUUUGUGGAUUCAACCAAUGUUUGUGGGGGCACUUAAUAAGCACCAAGCACUGUGCUACAUGCUGGGGUUACAGAGGGAACAAAGGGGGUCCUGCCCCUGCCAUCCCAGGGCUCAGAGUGGGUGGCAUCAGCCUCCUCCUCACCUCCAGGCCUGUCUGAUGUUCCAGCCUCCUAACAAAUCAGCUCAUCAUCCACUGGGUUCCCUCCCCCAAAGGUCCCCACUGCCAUCCAGCAUGGACCUGGCCCACAACGAUGUUACAAUGGUGCCCAUCCUCCACCAGGCUGGAGGCUCGGGAACACAGGAGGAGUACCCCCAGCGAGGGGACUGAGCUGCCCUGGCCUGUGUCCAGUGCCUUCUGGCAGGCUCUGCCACCCAGCCAUUCAGCACCAUGUCACUCACGCCUGGAAAAUGCACAAAGGCCCCAGGGAAGGAACCGCUGUGUGCUAAGACAAGGAAAAGAGGGGAGUGUUUACACCCUGAAAACAGCCUUUUCUCACACCCUUAAUGUUAUGUCAUCAAAAUAAUAAGUGCCUUCCAUGACUCACGUCAGUCACUGGACCCAGAGCCGCUGCCACAGCUAACCCUGCUCAGAAGGACAUGAAUCUUUCUAAAAACAAUAUAAUGAAUCAGUGUAUUUUGCAGCAUGCAGAGGAUGUCACCCAGCAAAACAGGAGCUGUCCUAAGAACUGAAGAUGGAGGCCCAGCCUCUCAAAGUGCCUGCCAAUCCUACGCCUCUCCCUCAUUUAAUCAGGUACCCCCUUUGUAAAGACAGCUGUAGGCACAGUCAGAAAAUCACCUGCAUUUCUUUCCACUGAAGUAAAAAUACAUGAAAUGAAAUCCCAUCUUCAUGAAUUUUUACACGCAUGCUGCUCAGAGUAGAAUUUAAGGGUUGCAUUUUUAAGUCUUUUAUUCAAAUCCCCAUCUUUGUUUCCCCGGUCCGUGAGUCCCAGCGGCCGGUGGAAGGGCACUGGCGCCCCCUGGUGUCCACUAUGCGGAGCUGCCGGCGCUGCACACCUCUGCGAAGCUAAACCUAUCACCAGGGUUUUUACGCAGAAUUUGAAAAAUGCAGCUGAGAUGUUUAUGUUAAAUUUACUUGGUGCUCUCUCGUGGCUUCUCAGCGCUUCCUUGUGUGUCCAGAGCACAUUUUUGCCACGCACAAGCUGUGAAGCGAGCCCAGGUUACUGCCUGGUGAGAAGGCACGGCAUGUAAUAGGAUUGGGGAGUGCUUUGCCCGGAAAUCCCAUCUUGAAACAGAAACAUUGGACACAGGACUGGAUGGGACAGCUUUGACCACCCUCGUUACUAUGUUAGUGAAGAACUGAAGCUGAUCAAACUCAGGGAGCUUUGGCUGGCAAGUCCCAGGAUGGCAGCCCUUGGGCCACAGGCAGAAAGGUUCAGAGCGUCUGGGCGGGUGGGACAGUGGCGGAGUAAAUGGGCUACAAACACAACUGCAAUUAACUUCUUUUCAGCUUGUUUCAGAAGCGCCACCAGCACAGCUGGACUCCAUUUUCAGUCUGAUUAUGAUCAUUGUGAGUUCCCCAUAUGUUACAUUGUGCCACCAGGACAAGCUAUACUACACAGCCUGCUGAGAUGAAAGGGAAAUAAAUAGAGUAACUGAAGCAUGAAGGAUUUAGGCUAGACCUACAGAACUAUUUCCUGUUGUUAAGCAGGAGGGAAAAGUUGCCCAGAACGUUUGUGAAAUCCUCUUCUCAGAGGACUUGAAAAGUAGAAAAGUUUUCCCCGUGGUCUGGGGUAGACACCAUACUAACUGGAAGGACUAGGUUCUCUCCAAGCCAGUUAAUCUUAAAACACACUUGAUCGCCCACAACAAACACAGGGAGAACAGUACUGCCGAUACAUCCUUUUGCUAUUGGCAAAGGGUUCAAGGGUGAUAUGUACCUGUGUCCUACAUCAGUUUAUCUGAGGUCUAUCAUUUCUUUUCAUUUGGAAUAAAUAGUUGGACAUCUUAAGAGGUGAUUACUUUUCAUAAUGCGUGCAUUGAGUUGUGUGGGCCGGUGGCUGUUGAGUAUGCUUUUCCCACAUUG